AUGGGAUAUGACAAUGUGUCAAAGAGUGUCUUUAAGUCUCAUUCUGGAGGACACUAUCACAUUAUUGAGCUUGUCAAGACUGAGCCCAGAAAGAAGGCUCAUACCUACUCCCACUGCAAGCCAAUUAUGUACCCUAGUUCCAAGAACUUAGAGUACAAUCACAGACAAGAUCCACAGCCAUCAGGCAUUUUCUCUGAAGGCAAGCAUUUCCAUUCAUGUGCCUUCCUGGAAACAGUCAAACAAAUCUACAAGCAAAUCUUCCUCUGGCCAUCUGGUAAGAGCCCUGCCCUUGAGCAGGAAGCAUUCAUGAUGAUACUGUUGGACCAGUCAAUGACACUCAAAUCAGAGACUUUCCUAUUCAAGUUGUAUGAGGAGCUCAAGAUUGACAAAAUAAUACUGGAUGUGUUGCUCACUGUGCACAAUAAUGUCAAGUGCCUUCACAUCGAGUACCUCCAGGAGCACUAG